UAUACCUGAUAUGUCACAUAUUAUUAUAAACAUCUUUUUUCUUUCAAAGAUUUUGCAUGCAUGGUAUAGAAUUAUGAAUUGUUAUAAAGAAACAGAAGCAAGAAUUCUUGAAGCAGACGAAAACUUGUCGAGAAAGGAGAAAGAAAACGAGAAAAGGCGAAAUCAAGAAUACAUCGAAACACUAUUGCAGGAACAACAAAAGGCUCAACAGGAAACUCUAGAAAAACAAAGAAAAGAUCUAGAAGAUCAUUACAAAAACUUAGAUAAAGAUCGUGAUGAACAGCUCAAAGCAGAUCAAGCUAAACAUAAAUCCUUGGUGACAGAAAGGUUUGAAAAAGACGCAGCACAGAAGGAAAUUAAACGUUAUACAAAGGAAGCAAAAAAGAGAGAAGAUCAGUGGUUUGGGGCAAGAAUGUGGAAUGCAGGAAAUGAUUAUUUAAUGCUGCUUGGUUUACUGAUAAUACUAAUAUGUAUUAAUUCAGUAUGGGUUUUAUUCCACAUUGUGUAAUCAAUAAUUUUGACAAUAACAUGAGUUGUAUUUCAUUAUGAUUUUACUAAUUAAUUUCUCUUUCGCAAAACGUAAACACACAUACCAUAAUUCUUUUUCUGUAUGUAUUCAGAUAUGUCAAAGAUGUUAAAGUUAUUAUGCUUAAUACGCUUCAAUUGAAAACAUGAAUAAAUGUUGAAAUAUAAUUCAUAUUACAAACAGCAAUGUUACUUAAACAUAGUUUCCAAAUGGACUUAGAAAUUGGAACUGAAAAGAGCAUGCAUUGA